CUUCUUGUUGAAUGAAGAAUCGGAAGUUGUGACGACUGGUGGAGGAAGCAAGGGAGAAAAUUAAAAAAACAAUGGGUCCGAAAAAGUGCGAGGUUUGCAACGAUGCAAACUCCAAGUACAAAUGCCCUUCUUGCCUUACACCUUACUGUUCUUUGGUCUGUUACAAGAAACACAAAGAAAUUCCAUGUGAAACAACAACAACAACAUCAGUUGCUGUAGAAGAAGAAGCUUCAAAUCCAUUAUUAUUGGCAACAACAACAACUGAUGUUCCUGUUCUUCAGAGACCUCUUGUUGUUCAUAACCCUGGGGAUGUGCUGCAACAAUUACAACUAGAAUCCAUAGCUUCUUCUACUGAGAUCCGACAAGCUUUAAUGAAUGAUGAAACUCUUCAAAAGAUUAUACAACAAAUAGAUUCUUCAUCAGAAACAGCAACAGCUGAGAUUCAACUUACCAAUGCAAUGGAAGAAGUUGAGGCAUUCUACAAAUUCACUGACAAGAUUCGGUCCAUCAUUACUCCUCAGUAAUCUAUCAUUUUGUCAAUUGGGUUUUGAAGGUGGGUGGAGUCAAAAGGCUCUAUAGCUUGAAUAUCUUACAAAUCUUUAUUCACAGUUUGUGACAUUUUGAGAGUAAUGUUGAUGUUGGUGAUCUUUUAUUUAUUAUAUGAGAACUAACAAGUUUGUGUUUCA